AUGGUCGCCGAAAACAAACCAUUGCCCUUGUUGCCUCCUGCAGACAAGCCGGCCAUCAAGCUGGAUUCAAACUGUGCCCUGAUCGUAGUUGAUCUCCAGAACGAUUUCCUACCAAACGGCGGCUCACUCGGCGCUCCAUAUGGCAACCGUAUCAUUCAACCAUUGUUCAAGGAAAUACGCGCCUUCAAGAGUAACGGAUUGCCGGUAUUUGCUACAAGAGAUUGGCAUCCUGCAAACCAUUCGUCCUUUGCUAUAUUUGGUGGGCCAUGGCCUGUACAUUGUGUACAAGAAUCCUGGGGGUCUCAAUAUGCUGAUGGAUUCCCUGUCGAUGCCAUAGACGGCGAAGUUCGAAAAGGUGUUGCUGUGGAGGGUGAUGCAUACUCUGGAUUCGACAAGACAGACCUAGACACAAAACUGAAGAGCAAAAGCAUUCAAAAAGUCUUUGUCACUGGAAUUGCUACUGAAUACUGUGUCAAAGCAACAGCAACAGAUGCAAAGACCAAUGGAUAUGAAGUGUAUGUAUUGGAUGAUAUGAUUGCAGGCGUCAAUGCAGAUGAUGCAGUGAGGGCCAAGAUUACCCUGCAAGAGAUUGGAUGCCAUGUCAUCCAGACAAACACAGACCAUCAUAUUGUUCAACCAGCUACUAUAUUAAUAAUAAUGCUGGCACGCCGUGUAUUGAGUGGCGCAUCCAAACGAGGAGCAUCAGUAAUAGGAGCCUCUCCCUUCAUAGCAUCAACAUCAUUGACAAAAAACAUCAACCAAUGGCACCACCACCAACCAGCCCAUUCACGGACACUAGCAACAGCCCCAUCAUCGCAAGCCCCAAUAAAAUCCUCAAACCUACGCAUCCAACUUUCCCAACAACCACAUCCAGUCCCUGCAAACGAAACCCUCGUAUUUGGACGUACAUUUGCAGACCACAUGCUCACCAUCGACUGGGACGUAUCUUCCGGCUGGCAUCAGCCCAAAAUCCAGCCAUACGGGCCACUAUCGCUAGACCCAUCAUGUACCGUCUUCCACUACGGCGUCGAGUGCUUUGAAGGGAUGAAGGCAUACAAGGAUUCUAAAGGCAAGAUUCGCUUGUUUAGACCUGAUAAAAAUAUGGAUCGCUUGUGGUUGAGCUGUGAUAGGCUGUGUCUGCCCACGUUUGAUAAAAAGGAGGUCUUGGAGUGUAUCAAGAAGCUCGUCAUUGUCGAUCAGAAAUGGAUUCCGGGCGAGAGAGGGUACUCGCUGUAUAUACGGCCUACUGCUAUUGCCACACAGCCGUCUCUGGGUGUCGGAGCAUCAAGCAACGCCCUGCUAUUUGUAAUCAGUUCUCCUGUGGGCCCAUACUAUCGAACUGGUUUCGCUCCUGUAUCAUUGUAUGCCACAACAGAAUAUGUACGAGCUUGGCCAGGUGGAACUGGUGCUUCUAAAUUAGGUGCCAACUAUGCUCCUGGUAUCAGACCUCAGUUGGCUGUUGCUGCUAUGGGUCAUCAACAAAACUUGUGGUUGUUUGGUCCUGAACAUAAUAUUACUGAAGUCGGAACCAUGAACUUCUUCGCCUUCCUUAAAGGCAAGGAUGGACAACCCGAACUAGUAACACCACCACUAGACGGCACCAUCCUCCCAGGUGUAACCCGAGACAGUAUUCUAUCUCUCGCUCGCACAUGGGGCGAAUUCAAAGUCUCUGAACGUCCCAUCACCAUGCCUGAGCUAGCAGGUGCACUAAAAGAAGGUCGAGUAUUAGAAUGCUUUGGAGCCGGAACAGCCGCUAUCGUAUCACCUAUAAAAAAUAUUUCGUAUUUGGGAAAGGAUUUGAAGAUUCCUCUGGAUCCUAAAGAUAGUAGUGCUGGUAUUGGGCCAUUGGCAAAACGAGUUGCUGAUACUAUAAUGGGAAUCCAGUACGGGGAGAUACCUCAUGAGUGGUCUGUUGUUGUGGAGCCAUGA